GAAUGAAUCACCUCACUCAUGUCCUAACAGAGACAGAGAGACACACCUGUAGGGAGUUUAUCUGACGGUUCAGAGCUUAGAAGUGCAGGUAGAUUUUAAAGAGGGGAACUUCAACGUCUAACACCUCAGAACCGAGGCACCAGGUAAACAGAAAAACAGGUGAACAGGCAGGUAGGUAGACAGGUAAACAGGCAGAUAGUUAACCAGGUGACGAAACAGACACGUAAACAGGUUAACCGGCAGAUAGGUAACGAGGUGACGAAACAGACACGUAAACAGGUUAACAGGUAGAUCGGUGAAAAGUUAAACAGUCAGACAAUUCGACGGAUAAACAGUCAGACAGGUGACCAGGUAAACAGUUGGACAGGUGAGAGACAAACAGGUAAGGAAAGCAGCGAGAGCGACCGGUAAGCAGCAAGGAUCUCUGGUGUUCUUCGACGGAAAUUUUAAUAAGAUGACUCCUCCUCCACAUCCUGUUCCGAAGCCUCGAGCUUGUUACAUGAGGGACACUCUGAGUUCCACCUCCCCUUUGGACAAAGACAUGAAUGGUGAAGCUCUGCAAGCAGUUGUCUCUAAUGGGGUUCACCUGAGCACAGGUGAAGGAGCUCCUCCUCUUCCUUCUUGCGUCGGGUCAGGGCAUGGAGCCUUCUUCCCGACUUUGGUUGGCGUUAGUGAUAUCAUCACCACCAGCACUGGAAACGAUACUCCGCCAACUUCAUCACCCCCCCCCUCCAUAGACAGUAUGGCUAACAGUACCCACAAAUCUGGCUUAGCAGGGCCAGCUAGCGCUGUGGAAAACCCUGCUGCUGCUGAGUUAAACCCCGCCACCAAUGCUACACCUGUACCUACUGCUAGCACGGUUAGCUUUAAUAGCAUUAUUAAGUCAUUAGCUAACAUCACCAGUUUAGCGGGAAUCACCAGCAAUCCUGUUGUAUGCUCCACAACCCUGUCACCCUCAGCUGAUAAAUACCAACCCCCCUCACUUCUGAGCAACGGAGACACUCACACAGAUGUUGCAGGGUUGUCACAGUUGGUGAUGUCGGCCUUGGAGCAGGGUGCAGGAGAACCCUUGCCUCCCCUAGAGCGAGCUGCUGAGCCGAUGGAGGACGUUUGUGAACUGUCUCCUCACACCAUCAAAGAAGAAAGUCCCUACAUCACAGUUUUGGCUUGCUGGGCAAGCCAAGACGAAGCUGACACAGAUUCAUCCAAUGAGGAGGAAGAUACUGAGGUUAGCCCCGCCCCCUCAGGAGGAGAUCUUGCUUCCGACCCAAACAUCAAAGAUUCUUCAGGUUGUGUGGUCCCCACUCGGCCGGCCCUGCCCCCUCCUCGUUCUUCUGGCCGUUCAGGAAAGCCUCUGAAACAAAAGACUCCGAGAGCGGCAACUAUUCGAGUGUCCAGGAAGAAGGGAGGAGGUGCAAUGUUAACUUCUCAGAACGCUGUAGUCAGAGCCAGCUGGUUGGAUGUCUGGAAGGGUUUCAGACACAAUGUUCUAUGGGCAACGUUGGAUGGACAGCUGAUGUCUCUUUGGAAAAAACGCACGGACCGGUUUUCUGAGGUCCUAUUUCAUGUCUCUAGCAUCACUAAUGUGAAGAAACAGGACAAAGGCAGAUUCUCUGUUAACAUCAGGAAGAAGAAUUAUGACUUCAUGGCUCACAAUGAGGAGGUUCAAAAAGGUUGGGUAACGUCUCUGCUAGCAACCCGAGGGCAACCAAGCCCUGCUCCCCCGGAACUCCAUGGACCAAUCACCAUCAGGGACCCAAGGAGCCGGGUCUAUGCCGCCGUCUGGGGUCAUGACCUAUGGAUUUACCCCAACAAGGAGGGCUUCCAGCUGGGUAUCGCCUCCUUCUCUGUCCCCCUGAACGUGGCACUGGUGAAGUGUACAGGAAAGCACUCGUUCUCCCUCAUCACUCCUUACAAGAGCUUCAACCUGUCUGUUGAUUCGUCAAAGGAGCUCCCUGUCUGGUUGGAUGGCCUCUCCUUAAGCAUUCGCAGCGCGCUGUCCAAUAGCAACGUGGUGCUGCGUCUUUGGGAAAACCCAGACAACAAAGUGUGCGGCGACUGCGGCUCGGCCAAUCCUGAGUGGGCGUCGGUCAACCUGCUCCUGGUCAUCUGUCAGGCCUGUGCAGGUCAGCAUCGAGCUCUGGGCAGCAACUUGUCAAAGGUGCGCAGUCUGAAGAUGGACAACAAGGUCUGGAAUGAACCGCUCAUACAGGUGAAAAGGGGGAACCCGCUGGGCCAUAAGGUGUGGGCGCCACCCGUGCCCGCCGCGGAACAAAAUUCGCGGUCCUCUUGAGAGGAGAGGUCAAAGGUUAACCCAGGCUUAAUAUUGGCUGGACUGGUACAGAAAGAAUACACAAUAAGACCUACUCCAUUAUGUCUUAUGGAUCAGAGGCUGCGUCAGGUGGUCUGUGGUGACAACAUAGAAGAAACAAUGUCUCUGAUCUGCUCAGGAGCAAAGGUGUGUCAGUCAGACCCUCAAAUGCCCUCCCCCAUUCUUUUGGCUGAGAGGGCCGGUCAGGCGCUGCAGACUGAGCUGCUCCGCCUCAACGAGUACACAGAUGUCCCACCAUACCUACCCCAGAAUCGUGACUCCGCCUCCUCAGGAGGUGGAGGUGAGGAGGAAGAGGAGCUUCACGGUAAACUGGAAGAAGAUCGUUUUCUCUUCUCGUUAGAAAACGAGUCGGCCGCCUGUGAUGUUCUGGACCUGAGAGAAGUUCUUUCUGUGUUCCUCAAAGAAGGACCGGCUAAUCAGUUUGAGAUGGUGACUCUGAACAAUCAGCUGAUCUGUGCUGCUGACAACAAAGAGGCUCUGCUGAGUCACUUGGUUCACAUCCUGAAGGUGAUCCUUCCAGGGGGUGUGUCUAAUGAGAAAAUGGUCGGAGCUUCUGCAGUCAGUAAAGUGCGUCCGGUUGAUGUGGGCGGAUCCUCUAGUCACUCUGAUGCCUGGUUGUUACUGAUGGAGGACGGCGUCAGUCUUCUACCCGUCCACAAACAUACACAGCAGACUCUGAUGAUGGAUCUGGACAUGAUCAGUCACCAUGAAAUGGAUCCCACUGAAAACUUCAUCACCAUGGUGACGGCAGACAGGAGAGUGUCACUGCGGUUUGAGGAGCAGCACAGCUGUGAGUGCUGGUUCACUCAGCUGCAGGUGGCUCUGAGGAGGUGUACUCCCACAGCCAAUGGGGGUGCAGCUCGUCGCUCCCUGUACCCGGUGAAGGACUUGUUGAGGGGCUCCGUCCCGCCCGCCAUCGAACGCUGCAUAUCCCACAUCACCAGCUUUGGACUAAAUGUGGACGGCAUAUACCGCCGCUGUGGCCUCGCAACCAAAGUCAGCAAAUUGGUGGAGUCUCUGAUGACAUCACCUAGCUCCACCCCUCUGGAGAGCGAUGAGCAGGGCGUAUUAGAUGCUGGUUCCGCCCUCAAACAAUAUGUCCGCCAGCAGGAGGGUUUGAUCCCUGAGAGAGAGAGACAGCAAUGGAUACACACUGCAAUGAUCGCAGAUGAACGCUCCAGGUUUUCAUCUUACCGACGAUUGCUCCGGCAACUGCCUGACGACAACCGAGCAACACUGAGCGCACUGUUUGGACACUUUUACAUGGUCCAGGUGUUCUCUCAGGUGAACCGCAUGUCGGCUCAGAACCUGGCUCUUGUUCUGGUGCCGACUCUGUUUCAAACUCUGAACCAGGAUCUGGUGAGACUCACCAGAGAGUUCAUCAUCCACCAUGCGCUGCUGUUCAUGACUCCUGAGAGAGAGGAGGAGGAGGAGGAGGAGGAGCAGAUCACCGUCUUCUGAAGAGGAAGACCUAUUUCUUUGCGUUCUCACAGCUGAUAUUUAUUCAUAAACUAAUCUCUUUUAUCGGACCUUUUAAUGGUUUAUGGGUUAAUAAUGAUAGUUUGAUUUCAUGUUUAAAUAUUUUCAGAUCAUUUCUUUUGUUGUAAGAAAGUGUCACAUUGUGCAUCCUUUGAAUAAAUUGAAUUACAAUUCAUUAUCUUAUUAUAUUUUACAUAAUAUAUAUACAUAAUAUUAUUUUAGGUUAUCUUUAUAUUUUAUGAUCUUAUAUUUUAUUAGUUUUCUGUUUUUUCAAUUUCAUCACAAGGAAACUUGUGACGUAAUAUACUCGUCAUUAUUUUUUAUUACAUCAUGUUUUCUUGUUUCUUGUAUUAUAUUAUCUGUUAUGGUUUUAUCUUUUAUGUUAGACGUUAUAAUUGGACAUUUUAUUUGACUAUCUUUUGUUAACUUAUCUAUACUAGCAUAUAUUUUAUGAUAUAUCUUAUCUUUAUUUUCUUGUUUCAUUAUGUUAUCUUUUAUUAUAUAUGUAUAUCACAAUUUUACGUUAUGUUAUCUUAUAUUUUAUUAUUACAGUUUUUCUGUUUCUGUACAGUUUUUUUGUUUUUGUUUACCAGACUGUUGAUUGUAAAAUGGAAGCUGUUCUUGUGUUCAGUGAAGAUGAAAAUAAACUAUGAUGUGGUCUAUUGUGUGACAGUU